AACGGCGGCGAGGAAGAAGACGAAGACGAAGGUGGUGGUGGUGGUUAGCUUUUGUUAAAAAGAGAGAGAACAGAAGAGAUGCAACAUCAAGAUUUUCCAGAGUCUAAAGCUGCUUUUGAAGUUUUGUUUGGAGAGAAGAAACCCGAGACAACAGCUUCUCAGUCACUCAGAUCUGCUUGUGAAAGCAGUCUUCUGCACCCUGACAUGCUACAACACUUGGCAAGUAAAGAAGAAAUGCCCCCUGAACAACAGGAGUUGAGUGUUGACCAGAAGGAUAUUAAAGAGGAACAGAAAAUCUGGAUAAGUCAGGAAGGACAGCAGCUGGAGGAGGCUGUCAUACAUGUACCGAUUAUUGCUACUAUUGUAAAGAGUGAAAAUGGCCCAGAAAAAUCACAGUCAACACAGAUUUGUCAAAGCUCAGAUUUUAACGGCUUCAAAAAUGGUGAAGACAGUGAGACCUCUGUUAGUGAUAGCAACUGCAACAUUGUUCAGAAACCAUUUAUUUGCUCUAAAUGUGGAAAAGUAUGUAUUCUUAUGAAGAGAAUUCAAACACACGAGAAAUUACUUUGCUGUCUUGAGUGCCUUAAAAGGCAAAGACAAAAGUACAUUCUGAACACACAUAUGAGAAACUGUACAGGAGAGAAAUUGGUUGGCUCCUCUGAAUGCCAUCAAACAUUUAAAGAAAAAACUCCCCUGAGCAAAGGCAUGAAAAGUCAUGCAGAAAAGAAACCAUUUGGCUGUGGUCAGUGUAGUAAAAGAUUUGGAGAGCAAGGCAAUUUGAAAGCACACAUGAGAAUUCAUAGAGGAGAGAAACAGUUUGUUUGUUCUGAAUGUGACAAAAGAUUUGGACAGAAAAGCAAUCUGAAAACACACAUGAAAAUUCAUACAGGCGAGAAACUAUUUGACUGUUCUGAUUGUGGUAAAAGAUUUGGACAAAAAAGCAAUCUGAAUAUACACAUGAAAAUUCACACAGGAGAGAAACCAUUUCUCUGUUGUGCGUGUGGUAAAACAUUUGCAGAAAAAGACCACAUGAUAACACACAUGAGAAUUCAUACAGGAGAGAAACCAUUUGUGUGUUCUGUGUGUGGUAAAAAAUUUGGACAAAAAAGCAAUUUGAAAACCCACAUGAGCAUUCAUACAGGAGAGAAACAAUUUGUCUGUUCUGAAUGUGGUAAAAGAUUUGGACAACACAGCAAUUUGAACAUACACAUGAAAAUUCAUACGGGAGAGAAACCAUUUGUUUGUUCAGUUUGUGGUAAACACUUUGGACGAAAACGCAGUCUUAACAUACACAUGAGAAUUCAUACAAGAGAAAAGCCAUUUGUCUGUUCUGAAUGUGGUAAAACAUUUGGACAAAAAAGCAAUCUGCAAACGCACAUAAAAACUCAUACAGGAGAAAAAGUAUUUGACUGUUCUGAAUGUGGUAAAAGAUUUGGACAAAAAAUCAAUAUGAACAUACACAUGAGAAUUCAUACGGGAGAGAAACUGUUUGUCUGUUCAGUGUGUGGCAAUAGAUUUGGUCAAAAACGCAAUCUGUAUAAACACAUGGGUAUUCAUGCAGGAGAAAAACCAUUUGGCUGCCCUGAGUGUGGUAAAAGAUUUGGAGAAAGAGGCAGUUUGAAAACACACGUGAGAAUUCAUACAGGAGAGAAACCAUUUGACUGUUGUUUGUGUGCCAAAAGAUUUGGCCAGAAAAACAAUCUGAAAACACACAUGAGAAUUCACACAGGAGAGAAAUUAAUUGUCUGUUCUGAGUGUGGCAAAGAUUUUAGAGAUAAAAGCAAUUUGAACAAACAUAUGCGAAUUCAUACAGGAGAGAAGCCAUUUGCCUGUUCUGUGUGUGGUAAAAGAUUUAGAGAAAAGGGUAAUCUGAACAGACACAUGAGAAUUCAUGCAGGGGAGAAAGGAAAUUCAAGGCAAAUGAAAUAAAAAAGGGAGAAACCAUUUCACUGUCUUCAAUAGUUUUGAGUAUUGCUUGGGUUUUGUGUGAUACCAGUUCCAUGCUGGUGCACAGGACGGGAGCUUGCAGAAGAAGACAUCACUCCCAUCUCUGGAUGGAGCCGCACCUCAAACAGAAAGGAAAAAAAAACAA